AUGGGUGCUCAAUCUCUACCUUCUGACAACAGGCCUCCCUCUCCUCGCUCCGUUGCCAGCCCGCUCAAUUCAUCAGUUCCAUCUAUCCCCAUAUCUACGAUGGCUCCUCGAACAACAGAUAGUGACAGUUCACAAUCUAGCUUCAUGCCCACACCCAGAAUGGCCACAACUACGCCUCCGCCAACGCUUGGUCUGCGGGGUGAAUACAAUCCAGAACUUCGGAAACGCGAUGAAUGGGCCAGGCUGUCUACCACUCUGACUUCUCUGGGCACAAUGAAAGAAGCUUCACCAGGACCCCCGAAAACAGACUUUAGUUCUCUAUGGGCUGCUCGAGAUGCCGACUUCAGCUUCGAGCUCAUCUACAAGAACCACACCCUGUCAACCUUCGACGUCCUUCACCAGAUACACUCCAUCAAGCUCAAUGUGCUUUUGUUAACUCCCAGUCGGCUGAACGUAACCACGAGACAUCAAACUGCAACUACAAUCCAGAAGUUUACUGCAGCCAACAAGAACUCAUUGGGGGUGAUCGUGUACUUGCUGGAUGCGAGAUCGUCGGGCAACGAACAGAUCGAGGCAGUACAGUCUCUCGGGGCACUGCACCACUGCCUUUCAUUGGGCUUCACAGAACCUCCCCCUGUCCUUGUUGUGUCUGACGCGUCCUACCUCCUGGAUUGCAUAGGUGCUUACAUGAAGAGUGUCUCGCGCACAAACCCGAUUCCAGUCAACACCUCUGGAGAUAAACUACUAUGGCCUAAAUCGCCUGCGCCUGUGCCUACAUCGUUUCCGCCUUCGAAAUUUUCGUUUUCAGCCCAGCCCAAAAGGUGA